AUGGAUUACAUUUACGAGUCGCUUAAACCGAACAGCAUCCGGCUAUUGAGGCUUGCGCCUGGGGAAUGGAACGCCCCGAUUUGCUGUGACCUAUAUCAAGCACCACUGGAUGAAUCGCAUCCUUACGAAGCUCUGUCUUACUGCUGGGGUAGUGCAGAUAACCGCCCCAGCAUCAGCCUCAACAACUGUCCUCACUUGGUCACAAAGAACCUUGAAGCCGCGCUUCGUCACCUACGUUUAGAAAAUAAGCCCCGAAAGUUAUGGGUUGAUGCGCUUUGCAUAAAUCAGGAGUCAUUUGAAGACAAAAACGCUCAGGUUUUAAUGAUGGAUGAGAUAUACCGUCGUUCUCAGAAUGUCGUUAGCUGGCUUGGUGAAGCGAGCCACGAGAGCGAUGAAGCUAUGAGAACGAUGAGAAUUCUCGGAAGAUGGGCGAGAGACAAUGAAUCAGAUAUAUUUGAUGGUCCAAGUAAGAAUCAGGAACACCUGACCGUCAGCGAAUACUUCGAGGCAAAAGGCUUUCCAAUGUCGAGUCAGAAUUGGUCGGCAGUCUUAAGUCUUCUUGAACGCCCUUACUGGACACGUGUCUGGAUCAUCCAGGAGCUCGCAGUCAAAGGCUUCCUCUUUAGAAGCACUGGGGAUAUUAUAUGCGGCACAUCCUCUAUAAGCAGAAUCGAGUUCGAUGUCGCAUGUGUUGCAAUUCUCCUUACUGUACAAGGAAGCUCAGCCCGGGGAACGGGUUCCAGUUUCGAUGUUGACGAACCGCUUCGGUCCAUUCUCUUGAGAGGGUGGCCCCCAGGUCUCGCAAUGAUCCAGACGAUCUCUGCUUGCAACGGACCCGAGAAACCCACACUGACAACAUUGAUCGAGGUUUCGACGCGAUUCGAGGCGUCAAAUUGCAGGGAUAAGAUAUUCGCCUUACGAGGUCUGGCAUGCGAGCGGGACCGCCUCUUACAACCUGACUACGAGCAGCCUGUUUCAACGGUAUUAAUGAAUGUCGUUGAUUUUCUUAUCACGUCUUGGGGAAACCUGCAUAUCUUGCUGGGUAAUCGCUUUGAGGUGAACCCCGACGGUCCUAGCUGGACACCAGAUCUUGGAAGCCGGCUGAGGGGGGAUACCACAUUGAGAAUAUUUAACAAGACGUUUAAAGCAGAUGAUGGCCAAGGCCUAAAUGUCGAAAUGGACAAGAGUUUGGGAACUCUGAGCUGCAAAGGCAUUUUACUCGCAAUUGCGAGAAGAGUUAUUGGUCCUUAUAUACAAGGUCAAAAACCAGCGGAUGGAGCUGAUAACUAUCAGGAGGUCACUAGUGGGUUUGGAAAUCGUCAAUUCUUCGCUGAGAUAUGUGAUUUCUGUCGGCCCCUCUCGGAAACGGACAAAACUCUGCUGUGCAGGACUCUUGUCAUGGAUCAUGACUCAGCUACACCUGGGGAAGAUCCCUCAUACCCGGCCCCAGCCGAGUUUGUUGACAUGAUGCAAGCUGUAUUCGAACAGAAACCAGUUCCUGAGAGCUUCAUACAUGAAGGGAGCCGUAUUGACAGAUGGAUACAAUAUACCGCUCCCUUUUCAAAGUCAAUUGAAAACGCAAGCUCUAAUCGUUGCUUUUUUGUUACUGAAAGUGGGGGCAUGGGAAUGGGACCAUUCUCCAUGAAGCCUGGUGAUAUAAUUGUGGUGCUGUUUGGAAGCCCCUUCUGUCUUGUCUUGCGGUCGGUCCAGGGAACAGAUCGGUUUAACCUUAUUGGUGACGCAUAUGUUCAUGGUGCGAUGGGCGGUGAAUUUGUGAAAUCAGCAAGGCCAGAUGAGUAUCGAACCUUUGUACUUGCUUAG